UGUAAAGAUAUAUGAAAUGGCUUGUCGUCCUAAAGAUUAUGAAAGUGGAUAGGAAGAGUCAAGAUUUAAGAAUGCUGUUGUUGAAACUUUUUACUGUUCAAUUUGCCUGAACGUCGUUAAGGAUGCAAGAAUGUGUCAACAUAACGAACACAUCUUUUUUCGUUAUUGUAUUGAAGAACAUCUACGAGUUAAUGCACAAAGAUGUCCUCAAUGUCAAGAUAAUUUGACUGUAGAUAUAUACACUUCUUCCAGCAAGUCUUAUAAAUGACUUGACUUCUAAGUUAAAGAUCAGUUGCAACCACGCAAAUCGAGGUUGUCCUGAAUUUAUCAACGUUAAAGGUCUUGAAAGACAUGUUGAAAAUUGUGGCGUUGCUCCAGCGUUGUGUUCUAAUGAACGUUGUGGUAAGGAGAUAAACGAGACAAGAUUAAACAUGAAACUGAAUUAUGUGAAUACAGAAAUAUUGAUGCUCACGACUUUGGUGAGAUUAGAGAAUUGUUUCAACGAAGUUAUGUUCAUGUUGACAAAGUGAAAAUGCAGAUGAAUGAAAUUAAUGGAAAAAUGGAUCAAAAGUUUAUUGAUGUGUGUGAUGAAGGCAUGGAUAGCAGGUUGAAAAUUAUUCAACCGACAGCGUAUGAAAAGCAAAGCACGUGUGCACAUUGUACGUAUGUUUUAAAAUAUUGUUUAUGUCUUUUGUAGAUCUGCUUCAUUGCACUAUUUUCUUUUAUCUUUUGUUUUUCCUUUGCUUUACAUAAAUAUGUUAAAAUCUAAAACUAGGCGUUGUUAUUCUUCGCUUUUAACUUCCGUGUUUAUCAAACGUCGACGGAGAAUUUUAACGUAUUUUCUAUCUUCAACUUGAUGCGAUAAACAAAUAAUUUCGUCUACUCUUGGAUUAAUUUUGAUCCUGAAUUAUAUGGGAAAACGUAUGAAAUGGCUUGUCGUCCUAAUAAUUACGAUUCAUAUGGAUAUGAUGAAUCAAGAUUUGAAAGCCCUGUCAACGAUAAUUUUUAUUGCCCAAUAUGUCUCAAUGUCAUAAAAGAUGCCAGAAUGUGCCACAAUGAACACAUCUUUUGUCGUAAAUGUAUAGAAGAACAUCUACGAGUUAAUGCACAAAGAUGUCCUCAAUGUCAAGAGAGAUUGACUGUAUCCAAACUUCUUCCAGCGCGUUUUGUAAACAACUUGAUUUCAAAGUUUAAGAUCAGCUGCGACCACGCUAAUCGUGGUUGUCCUGAAUUUGUAAACGUUGAAGAUCUUGAAAGACAUGUUGAAAAUUGUGGUUUUGCUCCAGUGUUAUGUUCUAAUGAACGUUGUGACAAGGAGAUAAACAAACGAGACAAGAUUAAACAUGAAACUGAGUUAUGUGAAUACAGAAAGAUUCUUUCUCACGACUUUGAAGAGAUUAGAGAAAUGUUUCAAAAAAGUUUUGAUCAAGUGAAAACGCUGAUGGUUAAAAUAAAUGAAAAAAUGGAUCAAGAUAGAACUGAAAUAAAUAAAAAAAUUAAUGAUGUAUCUGGUCAGUCUACAAAAGAAAUAAUGGAAUUAAAGAAAGAAAUGAUGGAAUCAAAGAAAGAAAUAUGA